GAGCACGCCACUCCUCCCAGUCUGUCACAAAUAAUUGAGAGCCCGCCAAACGUUUCCUUCCUUUCCUUUUCUUUCUUUUCUUUCCUUCCUUUCCUUCCCACAAUCUCGCUAAACCCGGUUCGCUAAGGAGCCACGCCGUCCCCUAAACCCGCGCCAAAGUUUCAGGCUCAUGCCAUUGUUCGUUGGCGCCAAAAUUUAAUUUCGCACGGACUCUUCCCCUGCAAGAUUCCCCAAUCCCAAACCCUAAUUCCAGAUUUUAUUUAUACCCGUGAUCGACCGACUGCUCUCGUCACAUCCUCUUCGGCAGCAGCACCGCAAUCCACUUCCUUUUCCGUACGCCUUCCAAUCGUUCGACGGAAUUCCCACAGAAGAAGAAGAAGGGAUUUGAGGAUGUACGUGGUGAAGCGGGACGGGCGCCACGAGGCCGUCCACUUUGACAAGAUCACGGCGCGGCUGAAGAAGCUCAGCUACGGGCUCAGCCAGGAGCACUGCGACCCCGUGCUGGUCGCUCAGAAGGUCUGUGCCGGCGUCUACAAGGGAGUCACCACCAGCCAACUCGACGAGCUCGCUGCCGAGACUGCCGCUGCCAUGACCGCCAACCACCCUGACUACGCCUCGCUUGCCGCGAGGAUUGCAGUUUCUAAUUUGCACAAGAACACGAAGAAGUCGUUCUCUGAAACGGUAAAGCUGAUGCAUUCUCACUUCAACGAAAGAUCUGGUCAGGAGGCCCCUUUGAUUGCUGAUGAUAUAUAUGAGAUAAUCAUGAAUAAUGCUGCUCGUUUGGACAGUGAGAUAAUAUAUGAUCGAGACUUUGACUAUGAUUACUUUGGCUUCAAAACUCUAGAGAGGUCAUAUCUCUUGAAAGUCUCUGGAAAGGUAGUUGAGAGGCCACAACACAUGUUAAUGAGAGUUGCCGUUGGAAUCCACAAAGAUAACAUUGAGUCUGCCAUCAGAACAUACCAUUUGAUGUCUCAGCGGUGGUUCACUCAUGCUUCCCCCACUCUGUUUAAUGCAGGCACACCUAGGCCUCAGUUAAGUAGCUGCUUUCUGAUAUGCAUGAAGGAAGAUAGCAUUGAAGGCAUUUAUGAUACUCUUAAGGAGUGUGCAAUAAUAAGUAAAUCAGCUGGAGGAAUUGGUGUUUCUGUUCACAACAUUCGUGCAACUGGUAGUUAUAUCCAUGGAACAAAUGGAGCAUCAAAUGGCAUUGUUCCAAUGCUGAGGGUGUUCAAUGAUACUGCUCGUUAUGUUGAUCAGGGGGGAGGCAAGAGAAAGGGUGCAUUUGCUAUAUAUUUGGAACCUUGGCAUGCAGACAUAUAUGAGUUCCUUGAGCUUAGAAAGAACCACGGGAAGGAAGAGCAUCGAGCUAGGGAUCUAUUUUUUGCCUUGUGGAUUCCUGAUCUCUUCAUGGAAAGAGUUCAGAGUAAUGGCCAAUGGUCUUUGUUUUGUCCUAAUGAAUCCCCAGGACUUGCUGAUUGUUGGGGUGCAGAAUUUGAGAAACUCUACCUAAAAUAUGAGAGUGAGGGGAAGGCCAAGAAGGUUGUUGCAGCUCAGAACCUUUGGUUUGAGGUCCUUAAAUCUCAGAUUGAAACUGGAACACCUUAUAUGCUUUUCAAGGAUUCUUGCAAUAGAAAAAGCAAUCAACAAAAUCUUGGCACUAUCAAAUCUUCCAAUCUAUGCACUGAGAUCAUUGAGUUCACCAGUCCUACUGAAACAGCUGUGUGCAACUUGGCAUCUAUUGCUUUACCACGAUUUGUCAGGGAGAAGGGAGUUCCAUUAGAGUCACAUCCAUCCAGGUUGGUCGGCAGCAGUGGCUCCUCAAAUAGAUACUUUGAUUUUGAGAAGCUUGGAGAGGUUACAGCAAUAAUAACAGCAAACCUCAACAAAAUAAUUGAUGUGAACUACUAUCCAGUUGAAACUGCAAGAAGAUCAAACUUGCUACAUAGACCAAUAGGAAUUGGUGUUCAGGGUUUGGCAGACACUUUCAUCUUACUCGGCAUGCCUUUUGAUUCUCCUGAGGCGCAACAACUUAACAAGGAUAUAUUUGAAACCAUAUACUAUCACUCUCUGAAAGCUUCUUCUGAAAUUGCUAUUACUGAUGGCCCUUAUGAAACAUACCAAGGAAGUCCUAUUAGCAAGGGAAUUAUCCAACCUGACAUGUGGAAUGUUACACCUUCUGACCGAUGGGAUUGGUCUGCACUACGUGAGAUGAUAGUUAAGCAUGGUGUCAGGAACUCACUUCUUGUUGCUCCUAUGCCUACUGCAUCAACUAGCCAGAUUCUUGGAAACAAUGAGUGUUUUGAACCAUAUACAUCCAACAUUUAUACUCGCAGAGUUCUUAGUGGGGAAUUUGUGGUGGUGAACAAACAUCUCCUACAUGACUUGACUGAGAUGGGUUUGUGGUCACCUAUUCUUAAGAACAAGAUAAUUCAUGAGAAUGGUUCUGUCGCUAAGAUUCCUGAAAUUCCAGAAAAUUCGAGAGCAAUUUACAAAACUGUCUGGGAAAUCAAGCAAAGGACUCUAGUUGACAUGGCCGUUGAUCGUGGGUGCUAUAUUGAUCAGAGCCAGAGCCUUAACAUCCACAUAGACCAACCAAAUUUCGGAAAGCUAACAUCAUUGCACUUUUAUGCUUGGUCUAAGGGCUUGAAAACUGGAAUGUAUUACCUGCGAACUCGUGCUGCUGCUGAUGCAAUCAAAUUCACUGUGGACACUUCCUCACUUCAGAAAACUAUGGCAGUGGAGAAAGUGGAGAACGGUGAUGUAGAAGCCAAAAUGGCACAAGUUGUCUGUUCCUUGGAGAACAGGGAAGAGUGCAUGGCCUGUGGAAGUUAAUCCUGUGUAAUGUUUCCGUGGCAGACCUCAAAGACAAAGAAAAGGAUGUACCAUCUGCUAUCCUAAACGAAUACGAAAGCAUCGUUGCGUGGUAGUGUAUUUGUGAUUAGAUUAAGCCAAUGGCGCUAAUUUGCAGAUAUGGUUCUGAGUCAGUCAGUGUGCAAAAUGAUCGUUGUUAGUUUUUUACAAUCUGCAGCAAAUUAAAAAAAAUCCUUGACUUUGUCAGUUGUCACAGUUGUCACAAUGAGUAUUGUUCGUCGUUGGAAUUUUAUCAAUUAUGCUUCUUAUCA